AUGAAUAGAAAGCGACAAUCAACAAUAGUACUACGUGAAUGUAAAAUUUGUGAAGCUCCGGCUCAAUAUUCGUAUUACGGUGUUAUAGCAUGUUCUCCAUGCAAAAUAUUUUUCAAACGAAAUGCUGAACGAGGACAAAAAGUAUUAAAAUGCAAUUCUGAUGGUCAUUGUGAAAUAAAUUCAAAUAAUCGUUAUCAUUGUUCUUAUUGUCGACUUAUGAAAUGUUUUACAAAUGGAAUGCAAACUGAAAUGCUUCGAUCUUCUUUGCCAAAAAGAAAGAAAAAAAGUGAAAAAGAAAAAAUGAUAACAAAUCCAGUAGAAACAACAUCAACAGCGUUAGUUAGAUUAAAUCAACUUGAACAAUUUCCAACAUUGAAUCUGUUACGAUCAGAUCAAUCAACAUUGGAUGUCGAUCAAUGGAAUCUUAUCUCAAAUUUAUCACAUUGUUAUGAUGAACAUAGUGGAUUAUCAAUAGGUCAAACUUACAUGCAUGAACAAAAUAAAUUACCUCAUAAAUUACGUUAUAAAUGUGCAUCAGUAUCCGAGUUAUAUCAAAUGAUGUUUAAUGAUGCUCAAUUAUUAUACAAAAACAAUCGAGAUUUUCGUUGUUUAUCAGCAGAUGAUCGUUCUAUUUUACUGCAUAGUACAUUGUCACAUACGGUAACUCUUUCUUCGAAUUUCAUUUUAUUUAAAAUUGGAUUGAUGAAUUAUCCCGCUUAUUACGAUGCUGUUGGAAUAAUAAGUCAUCCAAGUGUAAUAUCUGUUGCUCAGCGUUUGGCAUCUCGACUUGAUGUUGACAUAAUCGCUAUGAAACUCUUUCUUGCGAUUCUUUCUGUCUCAACAGUCAACUAUACUGUUUAUUCAAAUAUUCAUCCAGUUAAUUUAUCCAAUAUCAAGCAAAUCUUGGAUAUUCAAGAUAGAUAUAUUGAAUUAGCAUGGCGAUAUCUAUGUUACAAAUACAAUCAUAAAGAAACUGUUAAAUAUUUUUCUAAUUUUAUAAGAUUGUUUAUUACUUUGACUGAGGGCAUAGUGAUAUCACAAGAUGUUCAAUGGUUUACAGAUGCCAUCGAUUCUGUUGUUCAACGGACUAAACAAGCUGUUUCUAUCGAUGAUCAAACGUUUUCUUUUUCUGAUGUAUCACCUAUAUUUGUAUGA